GAGAGAGACAGAGAGAGAGAGAGAGAUAGGCAGAGAGAGCGAGAGAGAGGCAGGAGAGAGAGAGAGAGAGAGAGAGAGAGAAAUGGCGCCUCGAUGCUGCGCUCACUGAGGCAGUGUUUGGAGCCGGUUAGAGAGAUUCAGUGAGGGCAGACUAAAGGAGAAACCAUGGUGAAUACGAGAAAAAGCUCACGGCCGGGGACCGGUCCCUUUAUCUCCUCUCGGACUAGGUCUUCGUCGAGAACCGAGCGAAGCUCUGAAGAACAUAAGGAUCACAGUAGUGAUGUUAGUAGUCCCAGCAGCCCACGGUUGGCUCCCCCUUCCAAGCGGACACGACGACAGACCGCCUCUGAGCCCAGCUCCAGUGACACCUCCCCGUCCCCUCAGACUAAAGGCCAGAGGGUCAGCUGGGACAUCCCCACCUAUCGCACCAGGUUGUCCUCUCGCAUAAUGCAAAAUGGGCACGCUCAUAUGAGUCACCGGAAUGAUGAGAGCGGAGGGGGAGAUCACUCCCACAUGAACGGCCAUGUGGAACUGAAGAGGAGCUGCCGGGUGAAGAAGAGCCAAUUUGAACACCUCAAUCAGAGCCUGCUGUUUGACCAGCUGGUUAACAGCACUGCUGAGGCUGUCCUUCAGGAGAUGGACAACAUCAGCAGCAUCAGGCAAAACCGUGAGGUGGAGCGUCUUCGCAUGUGGACAGGAGACACUGAGGAGGCUGUGACUUUCCAGGAAAACAUGGACAUGUAUUCUCGGGUGAAGCGUAGGAAAUCAAUGCGCAGGAGUACCUUCAGCAUGCCUGCACAUCAUAAAGCCAUGAGUAAAACUGAGCAGGAGGAGGAAGAAGAGGAAGGGACGGAAGAUUCUCAUGGUGACGAUGAAGAGGAGGAUGCAGAGGAUGAUGAUGAAGAUGAUGAAGGAGAUGAAGUGGAGGAGGCAGGAGAGGAAAAUGACAGGCCAUACAACCUGAGGCAGAGAAAGACGGUGCAGAGAUAUGAAGCACCACCUAUUGAGCCUGUGAACAGAAAACAGAGCAACCCCUCACUGUUUGACACCCAUAGAUCCCCAGCAAGAAGAAGCCAUAUAAGAGUGAAGAAACAUGCCAUUCACAGCAGUGACACAACCUCGUCUUCUGAUGAGGAACGGUUUGAGCGGAGAAAAAGCAAGAGCAUGAGCCGGGCCAGGAACAGAUGUUUGCCAAUGAAUUUGACAGCAGAAGACUUGGCCAGUGGUGUGUUGCGUGAUCGGGUUAAAGUGGGCACUAGUCUGGCUGAUGUGGACCCCAUGAGCCUUGACACCUCAGUGAAAUUUGAAAGUGUUGGUGGCCUCAGUAAUCACAUUCAGUCACUAAAGGAGAUGGUCGUGUUCCCACUGCUUUAUCCCGAGAUCUUUGAGAAGUUUAAGAUUCAACCUCCCAGGGGGUGUUUGUUCUAUGGCCCUCCGGGGACAGGAAAGACCCUGGUGGCUCGGGCGCUUGCUAAUGAGUGUAGCCACGGAGACAGGAAGGUUUCUUUCUUCAUGAGGAAAGGAGCAGACUGCCUCAGCAAGUGGGUCGGUGAAUCGGAACGCCAGCUACGCUUGCUAUUUGACCAGGCUUACCUGAUGAGGCCAUCUAUUAUUUUCUUUGAUGAGAUUGAUGGUUUGGCUCCUGUUCGCUCCAGCAGGCAAGACCAGAUACACAGUUCUAUUGUGUCAACCCUGCUCGCCUUGAUGGAUGGCUUGGACAGUCGUGGGGAGAUAGUGGUCAUUGGUGCUACAAACAGACUUGACUCUAUUGACCCUGCACUCAGGAGGCCCGGACGCUUUGACCGGGAGUUUCUAUUUAACCUGCCAGACAAGAAGGCCAGAAAGCACAUUCUGGAGAUUCACACACGGGACUGGAAUCCCAAAUUGGCUGACCCAUUUGUAGAGGAACUUGCAGAAAAAUGUGUCGGCUACUGUGGUGCUGACAUCAAAGCACUUUGCACAGAGGCAGCCUUGGUGGCGUUGCGCCGCCGCUACCCCCAGAUCUACGGCAGCAGUGUCAAACUGAAGCUGGACAUCACCUCCAUUGUCCUGGGGCCCGGCGACUUCAGCAAGGCAAUGACGACAAUUGUCCCAGCCUCCCAGAGGGCCCUUGCUCCCCCGGGCAGAGCCCUGUCCCCUACCCUCAGGCCUCUGUUGGCAAGCUCUUUUUCUUUGGUGCUGAAAGCUCUGCUCCGAGUCUUCCCCCAUGCUCAGUGUACUGACAGGGACAACAAACAUGGCGGUGACAAUCAACUGCUUGCAGAGGACUUGUACAGCGACGAUGACAAUGAGGAAGGCUCCCCUUCCAUCUAUGAAGUCCAGCCUGCUGCAUCCCCAAAGAGUCAGCUCUCCUCUUCUGCAACCCACAGACCCUUCCUCCAUUUCUCCAUCUCUGCCCUCCAACAGCCCACAGCGUACCGGCCUCGUCUGCUGCUGGCUGGGCCCCCAGGCUCGGGACAGAGCUCUCAUUUGGCCCCCGCUUUGCUGCACCACCUGGACAAGCUGCCAGUGCACCGCCUGGAUUUGCCCACCCUCUACUCCGUCAGCGCCAAGACGCCAGAGGAGUCCUGUGCUCAGGUUUUCCGUGAGGCUCGUCGGAGCGUGCCCAGUGUGGUAUUUAUGCCGCAUGUCUCCGAGUGGUGGGAGACAGUGAGUGACACUGUGAAAAGCACCUUCUUCACCUUGCUGCAGGAUGUCCCCUCCUUCAGCCCUGUCCUUAUCCUUGCUACAGCUGAGUCCCACUACUCACAGCUGUCAGACGAGGUGAGAAGUAUGUUCCAGAGGACUUACGGGGAAGUAGUGACUCUGUGCCCUCCAGAAGAAGAAGACAGGAGAACCUUUUUCUCUGACCUGCUUCUGGUCCAAGCUGCCAGGGCUCCACCUCGCCUCAAGAACACAGAGAGGGUUAAAGAGGCGCUGCCAGUUGCAGAGGCUCCAGGCCCCAGGGUCCUGUCAGCAGAGGAACAGCGCCGCCUUGCUGAACAGGAGGAGAACACACUACGCGAGCUCAGGCUCUUUCUCAGGGACGUGACCAAGCGCCUGGCCACCGACAAACGUUUUAACAUCUUCAGCAAACCAGUUGACAUUGAUGAGGUGUCAGACUAUCUGGAGGUUAUUCGGCAGCCCAUGGACCUGUCAACUGUCAUGACCAAGAUUGACACAAAUAAGUACUUCACAGUGAAGGACUUUCUGGUGGAUAUCGACCUCAUCUGCAGUAAUGCUUUAGAGUACAACCCUGACAAGGAUCCUGGAGACAAGGUGAUCAGGCACAGAGCAUGCAGUUUAAAGGACACAGCCCAUGCUAUAUUUGCUUCCGAGCUGGACCCUGAAUUCGACCGCAUGUGUGAUGAGAUCAAAGAGGCGUACAAGAAGAGGGGCCUCGAGACGCCAGCUCAGGCGACGGCAGCUCCCACUGUUGCAACCAGGAAGCAUCACUUUGCAGGAGAGGAGCCAACUAGGAGCAGCACUCAGGGCGAGGCCACUGAAAAACAGUGCACCACUAAUCAUAUCAAGCGGAAGGUUCGGCGGCGACCAUCUUGGGGGCGGGGCAUCAUUCGUAAAAAGAAGAUCUACAAGAAAGGGACAGAAGAGGAGGAGGACGAAGACCCUGAGCCAGAGGUGGAGGCCACAGGGCCCAGUGACUCAUGCUUGACGCAGGAUGAGGAAUCAUCUUGCGAUACCAUGGGUCCCCAGCCCAACGGCCACCAUACCCACCUUCCCUCCACAGAGGAGGAGAGCUCCAACGAGCCUCCUGUUACAGCUCUCGCCGUUCCUCCAGAUGUUAGUGAAGCCACAGAAGAGCCAACAACCGAGGAGGAGAAGCCCACAGCCAAAGAGGUGGAGUCUGAGAAAACUGAGCAACACACUGAGCUUCAUAGUCCAGGUGAUAGUUCUGAGCCCAUGGUGGACGGGGAUUGCCAGGCUAAGCUGGCUGGCAUCCAGCCUUCCACUGACACGACCAAGUGUUCAGAUGCUGAGGCCGAGCCUAAGCACACAGAUGUUCUCCUGGAAUCACAUGUGGACUGUGUGAAUGGAAACGAUUCAAUGGACAGCCUGGACUCACAAAGCCUGGAUAAGAGCAGUGAAGCUGAGAAAAGGACUCCUCAAAGCAUGGCUGAAGGCUCUCAUAAUACAGAUCAGGAAGAGCACAAAGACAGAGAUGAGAGCAAACCAACUACUCAGGAGAACCCUCCCCAGGAUGGAGGAACAGUAACAGAAAAUAUUGAGGAAGAUCAAGAUAAUGAAGGAGGUUCCGACGCCAGGAAACGCAGUAGGAGCCUGUCAGAGCAGCUGAAGGGUUCUGCAGAGGGGACAGAGGAACAGCCACAACCACUCCCUCCCCAUCCUCCUGUAGUGGUUGACCACCAGCGACUUUCGGCUCUUCUGGAUACUGUGGUGAAGAAGAGUGACGGUUACAGCGUGGAGCAGCUAGAGAGACUCUACUCCCUCCUCAGCCAGUGUAUCUACCAGCACCGCAGAGAGUACGACAAAACCCAGCUACUGGAGGAGAUGGAGGAGAGAAUCCAACAUUUUGAUACAUUCCUGUGAGUCGGAGAGAAUACCUAUCAGGUACACCCUGAACAGCCCGGGACCACAAAGACAUACAAACUGAGUGGAGGAGAGUGAAGGAGCGUCUGAGUCCAGCCCUCAUCAAAUUAAAAACUAACAAAAAAAAAAAAAAGAAACAACCAACCAGACAAAUCCAGCACCCUCCUUUUGCUGGGAGGGAUCACGACAAAGGACAGGGUUGAGGACAGAGACAUUCAAUGGUGCUAUCGUCUCAGGAACCUGGCCAGAUCCAGACCCAUUUUACACAACCAAACUCCUAGAGGUGUGUCAGUCACACACACAAUGCACACACACACACCAAUGGUGACGGGCAACCCUGGUGCUAAUCAGGUGCUAUCCAAACUUUUUAUCCAUGCUGCUCUUUGGAUUACUUCUUAACUAGGAUGACUAGCAAAACCAACAGAUCGGGUGAUGUCAUAUCGCAGUCCUCUCAUACGCACGCACACACACACACACACACACACAUGCCCGGGCACUUGGGUAUGCAUGUAUUUCUAUAGAUACACACACACACACACACACACACACACACACACCCACUCACUCAGAUCCUCACCAGCAGAUUUUGCGAAUGCAGAGUGUUGCCAGGAGAUGAGGACAGUUAAUGUUCUGAAUCACUGAACUACAUCGUUGAGCCAGUCGCGCUCUUGAGUGGAACGCUUCAUCACAGGCCAGUCCUCGCAUCAUUAUCAUUCGGCUUGCUUUUUUUCCUGCCAUUUUAGCUACUCGAUUAAUUCAAUAUCUGAGCCACCGUCAAGGAUACUCACCCAGAAUGAUAGUUUACAAAGUUUUACAGCGACUCGUCGAGGUUAGCACAGCAAGACUAGAACCCUUAAUGUCCUCUUUAUCAGGUGUGGAAAUCUGUAAGCCCCCUCUGUGAAUGAUGGAACAAGCAGAUCAGUCCACACAGACCACCUCUGGCGUUCACAGUCUUUGCAGAUUGUCCCGUUCUUAAUAGUCUGUGGUAGCUGAUCCCCUCCCUCCCAUCCCUCUCUCUCCACACUACAUUCUCAGUCUGAAUGUUUCCCCUCCUGUCAAGCUGUGCCCGCCUGCCACUUAAUAUUUUUUUCUUACUGUACCAACACCCCAGCUGAGGAACUGGAAGCAUGACAAAUUGGAAAGCGUCUGGAGUUUGCACUGCCUAGUGUGUGCCUUAUUUCAACCGUCAUAUGAAACUCUGAAAGAUGAAGCAGGCUCUUUUUAUUUACUUCUUGUGACACUCAACAGGCUCAAACUUAGGGUGGGUGCUAACCACUGAGGUCAGUGACCUUGAAGCAUUAAAAUAUAUAAAUCUCAAUGCCAAUCUGUCUUUGAAAACUUAUCUUUGUAUGUCUCUAACCUUGGCCAAAAAGAAAUUUCAGUUUGAGAAAUAUUAAGUAUUUAUAGAAGCUACACACCCCUCUUUCUGGGUGGUUGUCUGGUGAGAAAUGUCUCACGCACUUGGAAUAUUGUAGAGAUAUUUAAAACGUAUUAAUGCCCUGUUAUUGGGGAGGUUAGUCUCCGACUCAAUCUUUCAAAUGCAAAAACAAACAAACAAAUAAUGCGAGUCCAAUAAUUUGUGGUGCCAAGUGUUGUCUUACUCCUUGUGAAGGUGCUGAUAUAACGAGGCCUGUUCUGUUCCAACUUUAAAAAUGUUCUCUAAUAUGGUCAUAACAUCUUAUGUAUUAUGUUGUGUAUUUGAUGAUCAUUUUUUCUACCUUUUUAUACGAAGCUUUGCUUGAGUUGAGAUUGCCUCCGCAUGGGUUUAUGGAUCCAUAAUGAACAAGGCCAUUCUAGGCAGUGCCCGUCACUAAGGUGUAUAAAGAAUGACAUGAUUUGUUUUUAUUUCCUCCUUUCAAAUAUGUGAACCCACUUUGUGGAUUUCUUUUGUUUUUUCGUUCUCAUUUCUCGACAAGAGAAGCUGGAUUCUCAAGUCUGGCCAACACAGUAUACAUUAUCUGACUGCAGUAAAUGGAGGUUUUGCUGAAGCUUUAUAAGGUUUCCGUGGCAGUCUGCCAUAUUUUGAGCAGGAUGUGUAGACUGGAGAAGGCCCCCUUCUUUCUCUCCCAGAACUCUUGUCCAGUCCUCAAACCUCUCGGUGCAACUCUGACCCCAGCUCACCUCUGCCUUUUUUUCUCAAAUGUGUUGUGACAAAAGCAAAGACCAUAUGCAAACUGGCAAUGACAGGUUAGCACUUGGACUACUGCAGAGAGAGAAAAACCAACGCUACCUCAGCUUAAUUUAUUUUAAUGCGGUAACUGUCUACUGGGUACAAGAACAGUAUUUUCUCCCCCCCCAAAAUACUGUUUCAACAUCAAUAGCAGCAUCACCGAAGGUACCAGAUCAGUCAAACCACGGCUGCUGCAGUAAUCCAAGAGUAGUUUAUAUCUCUCCGAUUGUUAUGUAUGUUUGCAUUUGAGCCAGUUGAUGAUUGCAUAAAUUGUAAGAAUUUUUCAUGAACUGUACGUUUAAAUAUUUAGUUUCAGGAACAUUUCUACUCACUGAGGAGAUAAUCCUAGACCUGCUCCUUUUUCAUAUUUUCAACCCAUAGGCGUUAAAGAGAACAUUUUCUGCCUCUUCUCACAUCCAUCGCCUUUUUGAUUCUUUCAGAUUUUCAUCUCAUGAUUCUGAUUAUUUAUUCUUAAACAUGUUUUACAUCUAAUAUUCAGUCAAUAGUGUUUUUGUAUCGUUUGUAAUUGAACUAAUCGGGAGGCAUCACGCGUCCGUUUUUUUUUAAACCGUUUUGCUGAACUGCAUAGCGUUUGUGUAGCAUGUCUAUUUGGCGUGUACGGGGGAAUAAAGGGUUUACAGGUCUCUCAGGUUCAACACGCAACAACAUGCCCUUUCAGCUUUUCUAUUUAUUUCAUUGCUCUGGUGCUUUCUUUGUUCAUGUGGUUACCGACUGUGGCAUACUGGAAGAGACUAACAUUAGGAUGGAUGUGGAUAUUUAAUGAAAACAGAGUCCGUCUAGUUCAUCACAGAGAAACAGGACCAGACUAACCUUCUGUUGAUGUUUUCCACUUUGUCUCCUCUUUCUGCCAAAAGAAUUAUUUUUUAUGAAUUAAAAAAAAAAAAAAACACUUAUGGAAAUAAAAUGGGUAGUUAAAUGUCAUACAUUGUGAUCUUCCUUUCUUAUUAUAAAUUGUAGCCAGUUUGGACUAAUAACCAAUUUUUGUCUGGUAGUUGAGACUACUUAGUCCAGUAUGCAGAAGGAAAGGGUUUGUUCUAUCCAGAAUGUCUUUGCCCCCCCCCCCCCCCUCCCCCCUCCCCCCAGUUUAUUUGGUCGAGACCUUCAUCGCUUCGUCUGUUCUGUUUGUUUGUGUAUUUAACACACCUGUUCGCAAUUGUUACUUUAGUGUAAGUUAUAUUUGAAAUGAAACAUUUACUGUAUUUCUCAAAUAAACUGCUGUGAUAUACUUGAAUAAAAGGUUCAAAGGUU